AUGCUGGCUCUUGGCGUACAAGAGGUAAAUGGUCGUAACGUCGUCCGGUGGAGCUCUGGUUUGGUCACGUCGGAUUCGACGCCAGACCUGCACCAGGUGCUGAGCCCCGGAGUGCCCAUGUCAGACUCAUCGCAACAGGAUCAACAGGGCAGUGGCCGAGGCCGGCGCGGGCCAGGACUCGGUCUUGCGGGGAAAUCGAACUCAGAAGAGCUCGAGAUUGCCCGCAAGCUAAACGAGCUGACCGAGAAGCUGCUGAACGAGCAGGACGUUCGUCUGAAGAAGCUGGAACAGGACAGGCAGAGACUAGAGAAACAGCUGAGCGAGCUACGCAGACCGGACCCGGAGGCGACUCUGCGCGAGCGUUUGGCAUACAUGUUCCCCUAUGACCAGAACAGGAAGUUCCCUGCUUAUAUCUGGCAGUCGUGGAAGUACGGUCUGAACGACCCCAAUUUCGGGCCCAAGUACAAAGAAGGAGAGGAGCAGUGGGCGUUGAAGAACCCGGGCUUUGUGCACGAGCUAUUCAAUGACGACACUUCGAACGCGCUUGUCCACUACUUAUACAUGCACAUGCCGGAGGUGGUGAAGGCGUACGAGCUGCUCCCCCACAUUGUGCUUAAGAUGGAUUUUUUCAGGUAUUUGGUGCUCUUCGCAAAGGGAGGAGUUUAUGCUGACGUUGACACGCAGCCGUUGCAGCCAGUUCCUAACUGGAUACCGGAAAACGUGGACCCCUCGGAGAUCGGGAUGAUCAUCGGGAUCCAGUCAGACCCAGACACGCCCGACUGGCGCAAGUUUUUCGCUAGGAGACUGCAAUUCGCCAACUGGGUGAUCCAGGCCAAACCGGGGCAUCCCAUCUUGCGUGAGAUGAUUGCUACGGUCACAGAAGAGACACUCAAACGGGCCAAGGAAGGAAAGCUGGACUUUGACGCCGCCAGCGACUUGUCGAUCAUGGAGUGGACUGGCGCAGGCGUCUGGACAGACGUCAUUUUCAAAUAUUUUAACGACUACGUUCUCAGUGGAAUUUUCUCCAAAGUCACCUGGAAGGAUUUCACCAAGCUGGACGUGCCGAAACUCGUGUCGGACGUGCUGGUGCUGCCUAUCACGUGUUUUUCGCCGGGAAUUGGCAGAAUGGGUGCCCACGACGCAGACCAUCCUUUGGCAUUUGUCAAACACUACUCCGAACAUCUCUUUGGACAGUGA